UGUCAGUGAUACCAGAGGUGUUGGAAGAAUUGAUUUAGUUGUGUACAGAUCAGAGAGUGGCAGCUCACGGCUUCCUGACAAAAACAGUGAGACUUUCAUUAUAUGUGGAAAGUAUUGAGGGAAGAGAAACUGAUAAUUCCCUGCAUAAAGCUAAGAGACUGCUGCAUCCGAUUCAGACGAGAAAGUGAAAGGAGAUCACUGUAUCUAGCCAAGUGACUGAAAAGAGAUCACUGCAUAUAUACAAGAGACUGAAAGCUUCACUGCAUCUAGGUAACCUUGAGACUAAAGCGGUCUAAAUACUUUAUCAGGCUUCAUUACUAUUCCAGAGUGCAAAAUGGCUACCAAGUGCCCUGCUGUGGGGAUUGAUCUGGGCACCACAUAUUCAUGUGUUGGGGUUUUCCAGCAUGGUAAAGUGGAGAUCAUAGCCAAUGACCAAGGGAAUCGUACUACCCCUAGUUAUGUGGCUUUCACAGACACUGAACGACUUAUUGGGGAUGCAGCCAAAAAACAAGUUGCCAUGAACCCCACUAAUACCAUCUUUGAUGCCAAGAGGUUGAUAGGACGCAAGUUUGAUGACCAAACAGUGCAAUCAGACAUGAAGCACUGGCCCUUCACUGUUGUUAAUGAGGGUGGCAAGCCCAAGGUAAGAGUUGAGUAUAAGGGAGAAAUGAAGAAAUUCUUCCCUGAGGAGAUCUCCUCCAUGGUGCUGAUCAAAAUGAAGGAGAUUGCUGAGGCCUAUCUGGGUAUGAGUGUGCCCAAUGUAGUUAUCACUGUGCCAGCCCAUUUUAAUGAUUCCCAGCGUCAGGCCACCAAGGAUGCAGGUACCAUUGCUGGGAUAAAUGUCCUGAGGAUAAUCAAUGAGCCUACAGCUGCAGCCAUUGCUUAUGGGCUAGACAAGAAGGGUGCAGGAGGAGGUAAGAAAAAUGUGCUAAUUUUUUACCUUGGUGGAGGGACCUUUGAUGUCUCCAUUUUGACCAUUGAUGAUGGCAUUUUUGAAGUAAAGUCCACUGCUGGAGACACUCACCUUGGUGGUGAGGACUUUGACAACCGCAUGGUCAAACACUUUGUUUAUGAGUUAAAGCGCAAGCACAAAAAGGACAUCAGACAGAAUAAGAGGGCACUGAGACGACUACGGACAGCAUGUGAAAGGGCCAAGAGAACACUGUCCUCCAGCACCCAGGCUAGUUUAGAAAUAGACUCUCUUUAUGUAAACAUCGACUUCUACACAUCCAUUACCAGAGCCAGGUUUGAGGAACUCAAUUCAGAUUUGUUUCGGGGCACACUGAAACCAGUGGAAAAGGCCCUGCGGGAUGCCAAGCUAGAUAAAAGCAAUAUCAGAGAAAUCGUACUAGUUGGUGGCUCAACCCGCAUACCUAAGAUCCAGAAGAUGCUGCAGGAUUUCUUCAAUGGCAAGGAGCUAAACAAGAGCAUCAAUCCUGAUGAGGCAGUAGCCUAUGGGGCGGCUGUGCAGGCUGCCAUCCUGACUGGGGACAAGUCUGAGAAUGUGCAAGACUUGUUGCUUCUGGAUGUAGCUCCCUUGUCUCUAAGAAUUGAGACAGCUGGUGGUAUAAUGACAGCACUCAUCAAAAGAAAUACCACUAUCCCUUCCAAGCAGACCCAGACUUUCACAACAUAUUCUGACAACCAGAGCAGUGUACUUGUGCAGGUCUAUGAGGGGGAGAGGUCCAUGACCCGUGACAAUAAUCUCCUGGGCAAGUUUGACCUGACUGGCAUACCGCCUGCACCACGUGGUUUUCACCAGAUUGAAGUCACUUUUGAUAUUGAUGCUAAUGGUAUUUUAAAUGUGUCAGCAGUGGACAAAAGCACAGGCAAGGAGAAUAAAAUCACCAUUACUAAUGACAAGGGCCGGCUGAGUAAAGAAGAUAUUGAACGCAUGGUUGAUGAGGCAGAGAGGUACAAGGCUGAUGAUGAAGCGAAUAGAGACAGAUUGGCCGCCCAGAAUGGAUUGGAGUCCUACACAUACCAAAUGAAGCAGACAGUAGAAGAUGAGAAACUGAAGUGCAAGCUGAGUGACAAAGACAAAGAACUUAUACUGAACAAGUGCAAAGAAACUAUCACCUGGCUGGAAAAACAGAUGGCUGAAAAGGAAGAGUUUGAGCACAAACAAAAAGACCUGGAGAAGCUGUGCAAUCCAAUCAUCACCAAGCUCUAUCAAGGUGGCCCCUCAAAUCCUGGAGCAGGAGCUAGUGGAUCAGGAGCUGGUGGAUCAGGAGCUGGUGGACCCACUAUUGAAGAAGUUGACUAGAUAUCUGCAAGUGCUCAUGAGUUUAGUAGCAUUUCAUUUUUUUUCAUAUUAACCUUUAAAAGCAAAUGGGUUACAGUUGGCAGAUUUAAGAUUGCAGCUUUAAUAAUUGGUUAUUUAAGGUUUAUUCCCAGGGUGAAGAACACAGUAAACUAAAUGUAAUUCCAAACAUUGCUUCUCAGGGCAUAUUGUAGGCAGUAGAUGGUCCUUGGGAAGGGUUACUCAUCCUUUAAUCAUUACUUUAGCUCCUUAAACCACAAAGGUAAUAACUGCCCUGAAUUUGCACAUUAGUGCCUUUUUGUAUGUCCAGUGGUCCACAAGGAGAGGUGGAGAGUGUAUCUCCUAGACCCUUAGAUAGUUAAUCAAUUUUUGGCACCACUACAAAGUCACAAUCUACAACCUUACAUGCAUGAAAACUGGCAUAAAUGUAUUGGUAUAUUAGCAAGGGAAGCUUGCACAAA